CAGAUACAAAUGUAUCUGAGGCGGAAACGUGACUGAAAUUCCAUUCGAAAAGAAUACGCGGAAAAUGAAGUGAUUUAAAAAUGUUGCAAGCUAAACGGGGCAACAGGGCAACGUUGCCGGCAGCUGCGUUAAUCAGCGUACUUAUCCUCAGCGCAUUAAUAAUUCAAACGCAACAACAACAAACGCAACAGCAACAAAUUGACGAUAAAGCGACGACGCAGACGUCGACUGCAGUAAAAGCUCAGCGAAUACACGAACCCAACGCAGAGGCGACUCGCGGUAUGGUGAAUAAUGCGACAGUCGAGACGCGCAGUGGAGUGGAAAGUGGCGCUGGAAAGCGUCUGCCCCGCAGCGUAUUUCAUGUGCGCUGGAAUCCCAAUGAGAAGUUCAUUGUGGAGAGUCGGGAGAGUCCGGCGAUAAACUCCUCCAAGCUGGCGCCACAUCCACGUCUGAAGGUCUCGAAGAAUACAAAACUGACGCUCAGUCCGAAGUUGUAUCUCUGCCACGAUAAAUAUGCGGAGCAGUGUCACAAUAAGACGGCGUCCUUUCGUCAGCGCAUUGUCCAAGUUUUUGAGCGUUCGAUGAAGGAAUCGCUCAACGAAUCCAAUCAUUAUAAUGUCGACUACAAGCCCGUGUUUGGGGACAGCUUCGAGGAGCAGUAUUAUCCCUCCGCCUGCCUGGUGAUGGAGGCAGGAGUACGUGUCCUGCGUCGCAAGGAUGCACCCUUCAACAAGUUGCCCUUCGGUCGACUCUUUCCGCGUCAGAAACUCAUUCGGGAUGCCAAGAAUGUGAAAACUUGUGCAAUUGUUUCAAGUGCUGGUUCCUUAGCCGGUUCCAAGCUAGGACGUUUUAUAGAUACCCACGACAUCGUCAUGAGAUUCAAUCACGCGCCAACCCGAGGACACGAAGUGGAUGUUGGCAGCAAAACCACAAUACGUGUCGUGAAUUCCCAAGUGGUUACCAAGCCCGAAUUUGAUUUUGCGCAUGCGCCAAUCUUUCGCAAUGUCACAAUUGCUGCCUGGGAUCCAGGACGUUAUAAUGGCACCCUCGAGGACUGGCUGACCACUGCAGACUACGAUCUCUUCACCAAUUAUGAGAUCUACAGAAGACGUUAUCCCAAAUCUCGCGCAUUUCUCAUCGAUCCGCAUUCCGUGUGGCGUCUUUGGCAAAGUCUGCAAAUGUUUGCCGGCAAUCGAGCUAUACGCCGUAAUCCGCCUAGUUCCGGUUUUAUUGGAUUAGCGCUUUUGUUGCCCCAUUGCCCCCAGGUGGACUUUGUGGAAUAUGUGCCGUCAACGCGCCUCAAUGGACGAUGUCAUUACUACAGCAAAGAGAUGAACUCCGCCUGCACUUUUGGCUCUUGGCAUCCCUUGGCCGCCGAGAAGUUGAUGGCUCUGGACAUGAAUACAGCCGAUGAUAUGUCCGUAUUUCAGUUUGGCAUAUUACGUAUACGUCGGCCGGACAAGCUGCUCUGUGGCUUUAAUUUUUUCGGCUAUUGAUCUACGGCCGAUUGCAAGUUCGAUGCCAGUUUCCACUGGACAAUCAAUGUGCAUUUAAUCAAGCGGUUUUCACAUGUGCAACUCACGUUUCAAGUAGCUUACAAUUAAAGAGAAUCUGCAAUUUAGCAGUAUUUGCAA